UCAAAAACAGAAGCCGCGUAAGAGAGAGAAAACAAUACUGCAAAUAGUGCACAAGAAAGACUUGGUAUAUAUCCGAACUCAUUUGGUUGGGUCGAGUUCCAGGUUCGGGUCUACUUUGUAAAGAAAAGGGCUAUUGUAGUGCGAUUGAUUUGAAUACACAAAUUGUCCAUAUUCAUCUUCAGAGUUGAAGGAAGGAGGAGGUUUCAAUGGUGAAGGAGACCGAGUAUUAUGAUGUACUUGGGGUUAGUCCCACUGCCACUGAAGCUCAGAUUAAAAAAGCCUACUAUGUUAAGGCGCGACAAGUUCAUCCAGAUAAGAAUCCAAAUGAUCCUCUUGCAGCUCAUAAAUUUCAGGUACUGGGAGAGGCUUACCAGGUAUUGAGUGACCCAACACAACGUCAAGCUUAUGAUGCAAACGGAAAAUCUGGAAUAUCUACUGAGGCAAUCAUAGACCCCGCUGCAAUUUUUGCGAUGCUUUUUGGAAGUGAGCUUUUUGAAGAAUACAUAGGCCAACCAGCCAUGGCAUCAAUGGCUUCAAUGGACCUUUUCACUGACGGAGAGGAGUUGGAUACUAGGAAGUUGCAGGAAAAGAUGAAGGUUAUUCAGAAGGAGAGGGAAGAGAAGCUUGCGCAAACAUUGAAAGAUCGUCUCAAUCAAUACGUGCAUGGAAGUAAAGAGAGUUUUAAAACUCAUGCUGAAGCUGAAGUUUCCAGACUUUCUAGUGCAGCAUAUGGGGUUGAUAUGUUAAACACAAUAGGUUAUAUUUAUUCAAGACAAGCAGCUAAAGAGCUUGGAAAAAGGGCAUUAUACCUUGGUGUCCCUUUUGUUGCUGAAUGGUUUAGGAAUAAAGGCCAUUUUAUUAAAUCUCAAGUAACUGCUGCAACAGGUGCCGUUGCUUUAUUUCAGCUACAAGAGGACCUGAAAAGGCAUCUUAGUGCGGAGGGUAAUUACACUGAGGAAGAGCUUGAAAACUAUAUGGCAUCACACAAGAAAGUGAUGAUAGAUUCUCUGUGGAAACUCAAUGUUGUUGAUAUCGAAGCUACUCUUUCUCGUGUUUGUCAGAUGGUUCUGCAGGACAACAAUGCCAAAAAGGAGGAGCUCCGAGCACGAGCAAAGGGGCUGAAAACACUGGGAAAGAUAUUUCAACGGGUAAAAUCACCCGAUGCCAAUGAGGCUGAUACUACAGUGUGCACUGAUUUCAAUAAGUUAAAUGGAAAUGAGUCGAGCAAUGAUCCGUUAGUUUCAAUGACAAAUCCAAGUAUGGAAGAGCUAUCUUAUAAUGGAGCUGGAUCACAGAUUCCUUAUGUCGUUGCUCCCCAGUUUGCUGAUGCAUCUCAAUGCCAUAUUAGCUACCCAAUGCCAACUGCUCCUCCCGGUGUUCAAAGAAGUUAUUCAACCAACAAAGACUGAUAGUCGCAGUUGGUAUCCCCCCAAUUUGGCUCUUGCUUUGCCCUCUGUGAAGAAGUGAUAUAUGGUGUAUGAUAUUACUUGAUAUAUCAUCAUUGGGUCAUAUGAGGGAUCCAUGUUUUCAUUGCUGCCAUAGAUUGUGAUUUUGGGUCAUUUUGAUAGGUGAUAUGUCAAAUGCGCUAAGCAACCUUUAGUUUAUCGAUAUGUUGUGCUAUACGGGGUUGGAAGAGAUGUUUGCAGUAAUGUGUAAUAGUGUGUGUGUGUAUAUAUUGAUUCUUCACUGUCGCUUCAUGAAACUGGCAUUACCACCUGUUGGGCUUGGUUAGAUUAAUGUGUUGAUAUGUCAAAUUCUUUAUCAUCAAUCUAAUAUAGUUAUGGUGUCUUCUGAACCAAAAGAAGUCAAAGUUCCUCAGUUUGGGGAAUUUAUGUCUUUCUAUAAACUCUAUUUCUUUGGUUGUAAUUUAUUUGUUUACUGAUAAAUCCUUUUUAGUUGGCACA